CUACGCGAACGUGAUGGAGGUGUGCCAGACGAUGAGCGUGCGAUCGGUGUUUCGCUUAAUAAUGACGAUUGGCGUGGAGAAGGUGACUGGAGGAGUUACCAACCCCCACAGACGUUACGUGGGGCAGAUCAUUUGCAGAUGCUUGCAGUCUUCCGAGAGCGUCAAGCAAGAGGCAUUGCACGGACAGAGUUGGGAAAUGGCACUAUAUGGGUAUUUUGGUUUUUGGGCGGGGUUGAGUUGGGAUGGGUGGUGUAGGAUAGCCAAAUGGGUGGGGCACGAUUGA